AUGUCUGAAGGUAUUACUGACAUUGAAGAGUCCCAAAUCCAAACCAACUACGACAAGGUCGUCUACAAGUUCGAUGACUUGAACUUGAAGGAGGAGCUGUUGAGAGGUAUUUACGGUUACGGUUUCGUCGACCCAUCUGCCAUUCAGCAACGUGCCAUCUUGCCAAUCACUGAGGGUCACGAUGUUUUGGCUCAGGCUCAAUCUGGUACCGGUAAGACUGGUACUUUCUCGAUCGCCGCUUUGCAGAAGAUCGACCCUAAGAUCAAGGCUCCUCAGGCUUUGAUGCUUGCCCCAACCAGAGAGUUGGCCCUGCAGAUCCAGAAGGUCGUCAUGGCCCUGGCCUUCCACAUGGACAUCAAGGUCCACGCCUGUAUCGGUGGUACCUCCUUCGUCGAGGACGCUGAGGCCUUGAGAGACGGUGCCCAGAUCGUCGUUGGUACCCCAGGUCGUGUCUUCGACAUGAUUGAGCGUAGAAGAUUCAGAACCGACCACAUCAAGAUGUUCAUCCUGGAUGAGGCCGAUGAAAUGUUGUCUUCUGGUUUCAAGGAGCAAAUCUACAAGAUUUUCACUCUCUUGCCACCAACCACCCAGGUCGUCUUGCUGUCCGCCACCAUGCCUCAAGAUGUCUUGGAGGUCACCACCAAGUUCAUGAGAAACCCAAUCAGAAUCUUGGUCAAGAAGGACGAGCUGACUCUGGAAGGUAUCAAGCAGUUCUUCAUCAACGUUGAGGAGGAGGACUACAAAUACGACUGUUUGAGUGACUUGUACGACUCCAUCUCCGUCACCCAGGCUGUCAUCUUCUGCAACACCAGAAGAAAGGUCGAGGAGUUGACUCAGAGAUUGGUCGCCGACAACUUCACCGUUUCCGCCAUCUACUCUGACUUGCCACAACAACAAAGAGACACCAUCAUGAAGGAGUUCAGAACCGGUUCUUCCAGAAUCUUGAUCUCCACUGACUUGUUGGCCAGAGGUAUCGAUGUCCAGCAAGUUUCCCUGGUUAUCAACUACGAUCUGCCAACCAACAAGGAGAACUACAUUCACAGAAUUGGUAGAGGUGGUCGUUUCGGUCGUAAGGGUAUUGCUAUCAACUUCGUCACCAACAAGGAUGUUGGUGCCAUGAGAGAAUUGGAGAGAUUCUACUCUACUCAAAUCGAAGAGUUGCCAGCUAACAUUAGCGAGCUAUUUGACUAA